AUGGGAUACUUACCCAACUAUUAACCGGCUCGGCUAGUCGGUUACUUGGGCCAGGCUCGAGUUAGCGUGAGAAGGCACGAGAAAAGUAAAUCGAACGCUGUCGCACUUGCACGAGUAAGCGCGGGGGAAGUAUUCGAACGCACUCGCACUAAUGUAAGGUUAUCCACCUGCAUAUUAAUUGAUUAAUAAAGUUUCAGAGCAUUUCGAUGCACUUUUCUAGACACUGUCGUGCGUCACUGACCGUGGCUACACUGUUAUCAUAGUGAUUCGAGCUAUUUACUUUGGAUUAUGCCUGCAGGCUCUGUCUCAGCACUGUGUGGUUCCCCUCAUCCCCGACCAUAUUUCGUAUAAAAGGAUGAGCACUCUCCUUUUGUGCUUCAAUGUUGAUAGGGCACUCUGCCGAAAGACAUGAAGAUGUCAUGCACCGUGUCCGUGCUCGUGUUCUGUCUCGUAAUCGUCGCAAAAUAUCCCAGCGUUGAUGCUUCAAACCAGACCAAGCUGUAUCUGCUUGGGUUGUUCCCGUUGGACGGACCGUACGCCCAGGACCAAGCGAUCCAGCCGGCCGCCCAGCUAGCUCUUCAAGACAUCAACGCUAACCCUGAUAUUCUUCCUGACUACGAGUUGGUCAUCAUACCUAGAGAUUCGGGGUGCGACGGAGGCAAGGCUAUUAAUGGAAUGUUCAGGGAGCUGUACAACCAAUCAACCACUAAGAUCAUGAUCAUCGGUGGGUUCUGUUCUGUUGCCACCGAGCCUACUGCGCAGGCGUCGCAUCACUGGAACCUCAUCCAGAUCUCCUACGCCUCAACUUCACCAAAGCUGUCCGACCGCGGUCUCUUUCCUCGAUUUUUCCGCCUGGCUCCGACUGACUUUGUGAUCAACGCUGUCAGGGUCGCCUUGUGCAAACAGUUCAACUGGAAGAAGGUGGCCACGAUUCACCAAUCUGCCGCCAUCUUUUCCCUAACAAUGGCGGCCUUUCACCGCGACGCCAAAGAUGCCGGAAUCGAGGUGAUUGCAGCGGAAAGUUUUAUUGAUAAUCCAACCACACAGAUUGCAAACAUCAAGAAUAUUGGAGCUCGCAUCAUAAUAGGAGCUUUCUAUGGCUACAUGGCCAGGAGGGUUUUCUGUGCAGCCUACCAACAGAAGAUGUAUGGCGCCAAGUACGUCUGGAUUUUGCCAGACUGGUUGCAGUGGCGUUGGUGGCGGGACCCAGACGACGCCAUAGACUGCACGCAGGAACAAAUGGAUGCCGUUACUGCCAAUUACAUCGGCAUCAUCGCAGAGAGUCUGCCAUCUGAUUCCAACCGAGCGCCCUCUCUGUCUGGAAUGUCUACUAGCGAAUUUCUGGAGAGAUUUAAAGUCAUAGCGGACAACGAGCAUCCCGAGACGAUGACGGGUUUCGUAGAGAUCUCCUUCACCUACGACAGCGUCUGGACUGCGGCGCUAGCCCUCCACGAGGCAGAGCGGAGGCUCCGACAGUUGGAACCAUCAAGAACGCUGAAAGAGUUCUCUUACGACAGUUUGACUGCUCAGAUUAUUUUUGACAUCAUCAGUAAUCUGACGUUCCAGGGGAUAUCGGGUCCUGUAACAUUCGCGCCCUCUGGUGACAGAGUUGGUCUAAUCCUGCUCAGACAGUUGCAAGAUGGUAAACGUAUAAACAUUGGAAUGAUGGACCCGACAGUCGGCUCAGGGGAAGAUAUCUCGUGGAAGGGAUACCAACCAAUUUAUUGGUCAGGUGGGGCGACCCCUAUCGACUUCAUGAUCGAGCGAGAAGAUCGGCAGACGAUACAGCUUUCACUUUUCCUCGCCGGCGCCAUCUUGGCUACAGUUGGGAUCGCUCUGGCUUGCUGCUUCCUGGCUUUCAACAUCCACUUCAGGAAGCUGCGCGUGAUCAAGAUGUCGAGCCCCAACAUCAACAACGUGAUGCUGAUUGGUGGAAUGCUAGCCUACAUCUCCAUCAUCUUUCUGGGUGUGGAUACCAACAUUGCAUCCACAGACACUUUCGUGUGGAUGUGUAAGGCCAAGACCUGUUGUCUGUCCAUCGGGUUCUCCCUGGCCUUCGGCUCCAUGUUCAGCAAGACCUGGCGAGUCCACAAGAUAUUCACCAACAAAACAGUCAUCAAAACCGUGGUGAAGGAUCAGCGACUGUUCGGCAGUCUUGCCACUCUGGUCGUCCUUGAUGUCUUGAUUCUGAUCUUGUGGGAAGCGCUAGAUCCACUCGUUGCAACUGAACGAUUUGGAGCAAAAGUGAUUGAUGACGAAAAUGAUGACAUCGUCUACACACCAAUCCGUAUGAUGUGCGAGUCUAGCAACCAGACCUACUGGAUUGGUGCCUUCUACGUCAUCGAUGGUCUGCUGUUGAUAUUUGGAGCUUUUCUGGCCUGGGAGACCAGGAAAGUCUCCAUCCCAGCGCUCAAUGACUCCAAGUACAUUGGCAUCUGUGUCUACAACGUCUUGAUCCUUUCCUUCGUUGGCGCUCCGGUGUCGUUUAUUCUGGAGGAGCGAAACGCCCACUACGCCCUGGUAGCUACCCUGAUCUGGCUGGCUACUACCCUGACUCUCUGUGUGGUGUUUGUUCCAAAAGUAAGGAUGAGGAACGAUGUGCAACCAACCCAAAGCGCCAUCACCAUGGUAUCCCAGCUGAGCCAGAACCAACAUGGCGGCAGCUCGGCUGACUCGACUGAGCUGAGGCAACUGCGGCAGGAAAUACAACGAGUGAAGCAGAACUGCAAAUGCUCGGAAUGAACGCAAAAUAAGGAGUCCGGACUACGUGCAGCUGCGCAACGUAGAGAAGAUUGCACUUCAUUUGACACUGGAGGCGCUGUUCAUUUGGUACACUCGUAGAAGAAAGACUGGUGGGCUGGAAUCUGUACAAGUUCAGCAAGGACAGGAUAGAUUUGAAAUGAUACUACUGAUCACCCAAUCCUAUACAUUUUAGAGAUGAGUUAAUGAUGACCGCCACGAUUGUUAAUAAAUACGAUUUCACACGUGUGGAAACUAUUUUGUUUGAUUGUUCUUGCACGGAGUAUUCGUACGCCGACGACAGGUACACCGUUAUUAUAUUAUUUUAGAAACAGUACUUGUCUCGAAUAUAAAUCAAUUAUAAUUUAGCCGGUUGAUUUGGAUAAGUUUAAUGUUAAUUUUGUUCACCGAUGCUGCAGUCGGGCUCUGUUAUUUUACAAUGUUACAUUGUGUACUAAAUCUGUUUGGAACUAGACACGAACUGUAAGGCAUGUUGAACACCGUACUUAGCGCUAUAGGCCCUGCUGUUGUAUUAUUCAAAUCUUGUAUAUUAGCGUCAAAUUAGGGUUUAUCGGAACACGGUAAGAAAUGUAGUUGGCAUUCUACAUUGUAUUAGCAUCCAACUUUUCAAUGCAUAUUUGAAUGGGCUUGCUGAUCAUGAGUCGGAAACACCCGGCUGUCAUUAAACAACACUUUCAAAAGUGCUCCCUCUUUCGUUGCGCCCGCUACCAGUGAUCACAUGUUAUAAUCUUUUUGUAGAGCCUGCAAGAAUUAUUUUCAAUGCAAACUCCCCAUAUUAUUGUGAAUUGUUAUCAAUGUAAUACUAUUCACUGUUCAGCAUCCCAAGCUUUUUUCCGCAUAUUUAUUGUCAAAGAAAAACAAUUAGUCAGGUUCUUAUUAAAGGUCUUGUGUCCGACCUUUUAAUUACCGAUAUUAAUACGUGCACAAUACAUGUAAUGACGUGGGGUCGGGCCAUUUUAAUUGUUAUGCAUACCGCGUCCGCCAUUUCAUAAUACUAGACACAACCACGCUUGUGCGUGUCCCUUGAGAUACACGUGACACUAUCAAUGAUUUACUGCAUGUUGUGUUGAUACAGACAAAAAUUAAACUCGUUACGUAAUCGUGCAAAUAAUAUCCACAUAAAGUCCGCCCGGACACAAAAAAAUAAUCUUGUGAAAUAUGUUUGGUUUGUACCACUGUCAGGAUAUGUUGACGGUUUUUAGUUCUAACGCUUUCGCAAUCGACGUAGAAAGAUCAAGGAACUCGCUGGUUCUGUAAGAUUUCUGAAAAGACUUUUGCAGCUGCAAUCCUAAGGUAUGGUCGACGUCAAGGGAAUCAUCAGAGUCAGUACGAUUAAGUGAAAGGUUUGGUUGGUCGACAUUUUGUCUGGUAUCAGCCUCCA